AUGGACUCAAAGGUGCACCAAAGCAUAUCAGGCAGCAGGACACAAACGGCCUUAGCAAAAAGUACUUUGGAGUCCCAAGAAAGUAAUUUGCUUCAAACAGUUUUAUCAUCAGUUACCGUUCCCUCUGAUGUGACUUUAUUUACCCGAGAACAAAUGGGCAGGAUUUCAGAAGGAAGACGUACGCCAUUGGUAGAUGUCUCCGUAACAAGCAAUGAGGCAUUCUUAAGUGAUGAUGAAUUUAUUAGCUCAAUUCCAAAGGCACAGUGGACUCCUCCACUCCAGUCUUUUGCAGUUUUAGCAGAUCAUCACUCAGUUAGUACAGUAGAGCCACCAAGAGGAACUUUAGAAUCUGUGUUGCUAACACCCUCGUUAUCUGUACUUUUUUCACCGUAUGAUAGCUCAAAAACAGCACAGCAAAAGACUCUGUUGAGCGCUGUCCCUGAACGUGGUAACACUCCUACAGAAUUGAAGCCCUUUGCACCAGAUAGUGAAAUGCUAACUGCGAGCAGAGAGUGGCCGUCGUACCCUCCAGAUACAGCUGUUCGUUUCACUUCCGUUCCUUCAGAGGCUGGAGUUGCAGUGCGGGAAAACAUAAAGGCAAGUUUCACAGCUCUGCCUUUUGGGGCUGCUGCAGAAAGGUCGCUGCUGUAUCUCAAGCUGCUGGAUAAAAGUAGCCGCAAGACCCCAGAUGCCACAGCACAGAGUGCAGACCCGUAUGGUGACGUUUACGCCGACGCAAGUAGCAGGGCAACAGAAACUCUCGGUCUGAGGACCUACCCCACUCCAAGCACUCCCUGGGCCACGCCGGCUUCAGCAGCCAGUGCUGAGACUGCUUUGUUUCCUGUUAGUCUUCCUCCACUUGCGUCUUUCCGGCUUCACUCCGCUGCCAUUUCCACGGACUCUAAUGCAGUUCUUAACGCCAGCCUGUUUACACGUGAAUUCUCCGGUACAACACCAAAUUUGCCUGCCGGUUCAGAAAUAUCAAGUCAGUCAGAGCUUCUUAGUGAGCUCAGGAGUCCAGUGCCUUUUGCAAAAUCAUACAGUUCUUGUCUGUAUUGUGACUCAUUUUCCCUUCUGCCAGAAGCAGGUUUUUCCUCAGAACAUGACGUGGGCUCAGGCGAUUAUGUUGAAACUUUGUCCGUCAAAGCCUCUGAAGUACAAGGCAUGAAUCCGUUUACAACUACAAUUACUGAUGUGUAUGAAUUAGAGGAGCCUACACCAGAGAUUUUUGAUACUACUUUUCCAUCAAGACCAGUUGUUUCAUUUUCUUCAAGAUUUGCAGAAAUGCCUGAUUCAAGCGUGUUUUUAUCAAGCACUAUGGACACUGUCCUUAACAACAGAACACCUAGAACAAUUUCUCCUUCUUACCAUCAGCUCCCUGGAGGAACACCACUGAACAUCUCUGUUGCCCAGUUUUCCUUCCCUGUUCUGGAAACGGUUUCUUUGGCACCAAGCACUCAUGUAGAACCUCCUGAUGCCACCACCAUGCCGUUUGAUUCUACCUUCAUCCCGACUGAGCCGGUAGCAUCGUUCACAGUCAGUCACACGACUUUACUGGAGUUGCCAGAAUUAAUGCCGUCAGAAUCUGUGAUUUUGCUUGACAAUACAGCUACAAGGGAAGAACAGUCUUUAAAUAUUUCAGAUUUUCCAUCUAAUUUUUUAUCAACACCAUUUCUUAUUGAACCUAGCUACUUGACUUUAUCUUCGGACAUGCUAAAUUCUUACCCUGUCAUGCAAAGUGAUGUAUCAAUGCAGUUACCUCAGACCUCGUUGACUUGGACACCAGUACUUUCUGAGGAUGUUCCCAGCUGGGAGUUAGCCACCACCUUCAGCUCUGCGACUGACGCCGAGGAUUCUCAGCUCCCUCUCGGCCAAACAUCAUACUUUUAUUCAAAUGGAUUCUCUGUUCCAGGUGCACAUGUUCCUGAAAUAACACCGUCAUCAGAUUUUCACUCUGAGUCGUCUGUGUUUCUGGAAGCACCCUCAGUAUUGCCAGUGGGCUCGGAAGUUGUAUUUACCUCAGCUGUCACAGGAGCUACCUCUCAGUUGGAGCCUUCACUCUCUGCCUCCCACUCCAUGGUUCCUACCCAGGUGCUGCCCGAUUCCGACACCACGUCUGUUCCCAGCAGCAUCUUGCUCGAUGAAACGAAUCCGCUCUCUUUGUUUACUACCUUUCUGACAACUCCUGUCUUAGAAGUAUCUUCAUCCCUGCCCUCGACCGCUCUGGAUUCUGAUGAGGAUAUUGGUGCUACAGUUAACCCCACGCUGCUUUUAACGUCUGGCAGCGAGGGCAGUGCCCACACAGCCCUUCCUUCCGCAGACCCCGACAACCUGACGUCACAUGCUGGCACCAGCAGUGUGAUGCCCUCUCCUACAGCAUCUCUGUCUGCGACCACGUCGUUUGCUCCCACUCAACCUCCUCUGACUUCUGGUCCUCCCACCGGGUAUGAAGUUCCAGCUGGAAGCAGCAUAACUGCUCUUACUGAUGCGUCAGCUUUCCCCACCACCACUGUCCCCACCACCACUGCCGCCGAUGCCACUGCUGCUGAUGCCACUGCCACCGAUGCCACUGCCGCCGACGCCUCGGGCAGCCACAGCACGACUGCUGCAGGCAGCCUCGGGACGUUCUCCUCCACCCCUCUGGCGACCACCACGCCGUCUGAACCUGUGGUCAUAACCUUUGCCAUGACCACUACUAGGCAACCCUACAUCUGCGACAUCACCGUUCCUGAUGCUUACUUAGUCACUGCGGUGCUGGCCCGAAGAGCUGUUCUACAAAAUGUCAGUGAAUCCAUCAGAGAAGUGCUCAGAGCUCAGUUCAGGCGAUCAGUAGAGCUAGAGGUUUAUAAAAUUUCCCCCAAAUUUGCUUUCUUGGUGACAUCAGGUCCUUUUGUUUACACGGCAGUAGCUGUCAUAAACGUGCUUGUGAACAGCAGUCUUCUUCGCGGUGAGGCCCCCAUGAUCCUCUCGCUGCAUCCGUCUUUCACUGUGCCAGAUAACAGAUUCCAAGUUCAGACAGUGCUUCAGUUUGUGCCUCGGAACGUGGAUGUUGGGUUCUGCAGCUUUAGCCGGCGCAUUGAGAAAGGGCUGACAAUGGCAUUCAUGGAGGUGAGCAAACACCAGGAGUUCUACAACUUCACUGUGCAGAUACUGAAUAUAACUCUGAGCAGGUCUGGGGCAGCAUUUCGGCAAGGCCCCGUGAGCAUUGUUUUUGCCAUCCGAGAUCAAUACGGUUUUCUAAACGGGUCCGAAGUCAGCGAGCAGCUAAGAAACUUGUCCGUGGUGGAAUUCAGCUUCUAUCUGGGCUUUCCUGUGCAGCAGAUUGCUGAACCCUUUCAGUAUCCUAAGCUGAAUGUGUCUCAGUUGAUGAAGUCUUCCUGGGUGAGAACAGUUCUCUUGGGUGUUGUCGACCAGCGAAUUCAGGAGGAGGUGUUUCAGGCGGAGAUGGAGCGGAAGCUAGCUCACCUGUUCAACGAGGCUCUGGUCAGCCGGAGGAUCUGGAGACGCGCCAGUUUUGCAGGCAGCAACGUUGUGCAGAUUGUGAACGUGUCACGGUUAGUUGGUGUUGACAACCCUGUGGAGCUGAUCUAUUUUGUGGAGGACCAAGAUGGAGAGAGACUCAGUGCUCUGAAGUGCUCGGACCUAAUGAACAGAGUUGAUAUCCAGCGAGCCGCGAUCAUCCUUGGAUACCGCAUUGAAGGCACCGUUGCACAGCCUGUGGAGAAGCUGAAGGAGUCCACCUCAGAGUCACAGAGUAACAACCUAUGGAUUAUUGUUGGUGUGGCAGUCCCCGUCGUGGUGGUGGUCCUGAUCAUGAUUAUUUUAUACUGGAAACUUUGUCGAACAGACAAACUGGAGUUUCAGCCAGACACAAUGAGCAACAUUCAGCAGCGACAGAAGCUACAGGCCCCCAGUGUGAAAGGCUUUGAUUUUGCUAAGCAGCAUCUGGGCCAGCACAAUAAAGAUGAUGUCCUGAUUAUCCAUGAGUCAGCUGCUUUACCAGGACCUAUUAAGGAUACUACCUCAUCUGAAAAUGGAGAUGUGCCCAGCCCCAGAUCCAAGACUCCCUCAAAGCCUGCAAAGACUAUUCGACACAGAGGGAGAGUUUUGCCAUCAGAUGCGGACUCCACAGAGAGCGAACAAUCCAGUGGGAGAGAGACAGGAGAAGAAACUGCAAGACCAUCAACUGUUGGGAGUGCGGGCAGACCACGCAGAGCAUGGAAGAAGGGUCCUCCUCAGACCAGCAGUGGAAAGGAGCAGCACUCCUCAGCCUCCAUCUUUGAACAUGUGGAUAGGAUGUCCCGUUCCUCAGAUGCCAGCAGACGGGUCCCAGGCAAGAUACAGCUGAUUGCUAUGCAACCGAUGGCAGUGCCUCUGGUUCAGAACUCAGUGCUUUCUGAUCGAGUAGCAGAGACCAACAAAAUUAAUAACGAGAUACAAACAGCCCUGAGGCAUAAAUCUGAGAUUGAGCAUCACCGCAAUAAGAUUCGUCUUCGCGCCAAGCGCAAAGGGCACUAUGAAUUUCCAGUGGUGGAGGAUAUGGUGGUGUUUGACCCCAAAGAUCAGCACAGAAUAUAUCGCAAGGCACAGAUGCAGAUUGACAAGAUCUUGGACCCUGGAGGUAGUGUGCCUACUGCCUUCGUAGAGCCCAGGAAGAGUUCUCGUUCAAAACGUUCUCCCAGGCAGCGCCGGCGACAUCAGAUAAAUGGUCGUCCUAUCGAUGCGGAAAAGGACAGGUUAAUUACAACGGACAGUGACGGGACAUACAAAAGGCCUCCAGGAGUCAAUAACUCUGCAUAUAUUUCUGAUCCAGACUUGCCUUGUGAACCUCAGACAUCAUCUUCAGGUGAUCUGGGGAAGUUCUCCGGCUUGCCUUCCCACCCAGUCUCCCAGUACGUCCCACCACAGCCAUCCAUUGAAGAGGCUCGGCAAACCAUGCACUCGCUGCUGGAUGAUGCUUUUGCACUGGUGGCUCCCAGCAGCCAAGCAGCCAGUUCCAAGGCCGUCACCACACCUGGGAUCUCUGAAGGACAGACGGGAUACACGGAAUUUGGAAUGACUCCGCCAGCAGCACCAGGUCUCCUACCAAGGCAGAACUUUGGGCCAGGUUUUCUUCAACCUGCAGAGUUAAUGCACCCAGACCAGCAGCCACCUGAGGUUCAGUAUUCCUCCAGAGGGAUGUGCUCAGAGGAGAUGCCAUUAGUGGCACGGCCACGACCAGUUGGAAGCACUGCAGGUUCUCAGAUACAGCACCUCACUCAGGUGGGAAUUGCUAGCAGGAUCGGAGGUCAACAAGUGGAGAUCCCCUCAGGCAGAGCAGGGCAUGGCCAGCCGGGGGGGCCAGGGUGGCCCCAGUACCGUGGAGAGGAUGAAUGUGCUAGGCGAGAUGCAACUCAUAUGCAUGGACACCAAGAAUAUUCCUCCUCACCAGUAUUCCAGAUGCCAAGGACUUCAACCAGGCAGCCUUCGGCACCCCCUGCUCAGCUUCCGCACAACAGCCUUCAGGGCCAGGGCCUUUGCUACACCACCAGUUCCACUGAGGACCUCCAGCCAGGCCACUCUUCAACCUCUCUUAUCAAAGCAAUUAGAGAAGAACUUCUUCGACUUUCUCAGAAACAGACAACAGUGCAGAACGUCCGUAGAUGAUUCAGCAUUCCGUUGCAAAUCUGCCAGGUAUCUGCUUCCUAUGGAAGCAAAGACUUUGAGGAAAUCAGCGUUGCUGUUCUCUCAACAGAAUGGACUUUCACAGCUGUGUUGACAACACUCUGGAAAAAAAUGAAAAAGGCAGCAAAAUGAGCAUAGUAAGGAGAGAUGGGGGACAAAUAGGGAAAAUCAUCAGUGUCAUCACAAGUAAUAUUAAUUAAAAUGCUAAAGUUACGGUGCUCUUCUUCUCUCCCUACCCUCGUUCAGCCUCACAAACAAGUAAAAGCUUAGGUUAAGAAGUCAACACUCCAGCAACAAAAAAAAUC